UGCAUAUUCAUUGAAAAUGUUAAGUAAAAAAUGCUAAAUCCCUUGAAGCUGUUUUGUUAUGUGGGCAAACGACGCGCUUCGUAUCAAUCCGCAGUGGGGUCCUUUUUUGUACCUGGCUAGCUAGGUUAGCUUGUGUUUUUGGGAGAGUCCGCUUUCUAAAUAUGGCGCGUCUCCUUUGGCCUCACCGUUCGAGCAAGAGAAGCACUUUUAAGUGAACAGUUGUUAAACGUUAGCAGUAGCUCAGCCAAACGGCUGUUCUUUAAAUUAACUAUAGAUCCGGUUCGCGAGCUAACGCCAAUGUGGCGAUAACCUUCCAGGCAAGCUAAUGUUAAAUGUUAUGGCAUAUCGAGGCUCCCUCCUCAGAACUACUUUGUGUGCCGCUGCUGUUGCAGACGGAGCGUUAGCUGGCUAAUGUUGGCUUUCUUCAACUUUUCUCUCCCCUUGCCGCCACAACCCGUGUGUGCUAGCACGGGGCUAAGCUAGGCUCAUCGUGGUGGGCCAUCUGUCCCUGCUCUCUAUAAUGCCCCAGUGUUUGCAGCAUCAGCAGUGAACAUCAGUGAUGGCAGCCCAGUCGGUUUCCAUAGACAAGUACCCAAAGGGAGAGCAGCAGAUGCAAGGUGUGGUAAAGGUAGACGGCGAGUCCGAGCAGAAGUUUAUUGAGGGGACAUUGGCGGAGACGCCCAGUCCUAUACCCACAGAGCCACAGACACCCAUGGACGCGGACAAAGCCUCCAUAUAUCGGCAUCCCCUGUUCCCUCUCUUGGCCCUGCUGUUUGAGAAGUGUGAACAGUCCACGCUGAGCUCUGAUUGCAUCACCUCGGCGAGCUUUGACGUGGACAUUGAGAAUUUUGUCCGCAGUCAGGAGAAGGAAGGCAAACCCUUCUUCAGCGAGGAUCCUGAACUAGACAACUUGAUGGUGAAAGCCAUCCAGGUGCUCCGAAUCCACCUGCUGGAGCUUGAGAAGGUGAGUGACCUGUGUAAGGACUUCUGCAGCCGCUACAUCGCCUGUCUCAAGACCAAGAUGAACAGCGAGACUCUGCUGAGUGGAGAUCCAGGGAGCCCGUACUCUCCCGUACAAGGCCAGGUUCAGGGUUUUUCCCCCACCAAGACUCCGGUAUGGACUACCCCAAGCUCCAUCUCGGGGACCAUCAGUCCUCAGGGUCAAAUUGUGGUGCCAGCGUCAGCUCUGCAGCAAGGGAACGUUACCGUGACAGCAGUCAACCCCACCCAGGUGGUUGCAGGUAUGUCACCAUGGCAUACAACCCCUCCCCCAGGUGGCACGGUGUACCAGCCUGUUACAGUUGUCACUCCACAGGGCCAGGUGGUAACGCAGGCUCUAUCUCCAGGGACAAUACGCGUCCAAAACAAUCAGCUCCAGCUGCAGUUUCACCAGGACCUGAAUCUCUUUAAUCACGACGACAACUCGACCAAAAACAAACGCGGUGUUCUACCCAAACACGCCACUAAUGUCAUGCGCUCGUGGCUGUUCCAGCACAUUGGCCACCCAUAUCCAACAGAAGAUGAAAAGAAACAGAUUGCCACUCAGACAAACCUGACACUUCUGCAGGUCAACAACUGGUUUAUAAAUGCACGGAGGCGGAUCCUACAGCCCAUGUUGGACGCCAGCUCCUCUGAGACACCAAAAGCCAAGAAGAAGACACCUCAAAACCGGCCCUUGCAGCGCUUCUGGCCUGACUCCAUCGCCACUGGGGGAGGCACCCAGCAGCAAUUGACCAUGCCCGAUGGCACAAUGGUGACGAUGAACAUGGAGGGUCUGCAGAGCCUGACAUCAGACGGCGCCACACUGGCAGUACAGCAGGUGAUGCUGGGAGGCCACAGUGAAGACGAGUCGGGGGACAGCGGGGACGAGGACGAUGACACGGACAUGGCCGGGCUGGGCCUGGACAACAGCGACUCAUUGCAGUAGAGGACACACUCCCUUACUCUCUACAUAUAAGACAAGCAUAAAUAGGCCGUCAGGUGCCGUGUGUGUUCUCAAACACACUAUGGAUCAUAAUACAAACACAGACACACACACAUUAGGUUUACAUAGAGCACAAAACUACAGGACAGAACGGUCCUGCACUCUUCCAACCCUCCACCCUGCUGAACGCGGUUUAUGCUGUGCGUGUGAACAUCAGGAGUUUCAUUUCAGAAACAAUUUUUUAAUUAUUUAGUUGAUGGAUGUGAGUGCACUUUUUUUGUAUAUUUAAACUCAACCAGAUUAAAUCAAACAAACGGAAGAAAAAAGAAGUGUUAAAAACACUCGAAGCAAGUUUGUAUGCUCCGUGAAAUGACUGAUUUCUGAUUUAUUUUCUCUGCCCCUUUUCUCCCUCCCCAGUUGAAUUCUCGUUUUGGAUGCCAACAGUUUAAAGUUGUAUCUGUAAGGGUUUGUCUUUUUGCAUGCUUGUGUUUUGAGUAGAUGUGCACACUCUUGCGACUGACUCCACGGCUCCCACACAGGCCAACAGAGCCCAAGGUGAGAGAUUGAGAAAAAAAAGGAGAUGCUUAUUUUUAUAUACAAAUGUUUGAAAUUAGUGUUUUUUUUCUUUCAUUUUUGUGUUCUCCUGUUUUGUAAGGAAUAUUUAUGUACAGAUUCAUAAUUAAAGCUAGUGACCCUGUUUUCCAGGGUUCUUUGAAGUUUUCUAAGAAACAGAAAAAUGAAUUGAAUGCUGAUGAAAAUUGCUAUUUCAAUUGGUUUUAAAUGUACAAUAACAUCAAGGCCUUACCUGUGUUCUUUUUUUAAAGAAUUCUUUCCAAGAAGCACAAAAAGAAAGUCUGACACUUUUUGAAAUUGGUCAAAAGGACACUAAACUACAGAACACUUGCUUGGUUCUGUAAAGCAUCAUUAUUAAAUUUACUUUGUGAACUGAAACAUUGCAGUUCUCCUAUUUCUUUAAAUAGAACCCCAGUUUUACCCUCAGUGUAUACCAUGCAUCACUCUUUUAAUAAUUUUACAGUAAUGGCGUAUUUCUCAAAUGCACAAUCCAGAACACUAUGCUAAUCACACAAUCACAAGGGUCUGAGUAACCAGUGAAAUAUUACAUAUUACAAAUCCAUCAACAAAGAAGCAGUGGACUUUUUGCACGUGUCAAACUUUUAUUUAUCUACACAAACAUUCUACUACAUUACAACAAAGAGCAGUUGGAUAGUUCCUUGUUCAUUGCCUGCCUGAAGGACUGGGACUGCAGCCUCUGUUGGUCUCCCUGCCACGAAAUGUCGUGACAGAUUAAAAUCUCUUUAUCAAUAUGUUGAUAUUACUUCACAAAUUGGGGUGCCUCUUGUUUAAUAUUGUACUUUACAACAAUUGUCUGUCAAUAGGUGCAGAAAUCUGGUUCAAAUCUCUUUUGUAAAGUUGAGUUGAAAUGGUUAAUUUCAUGAAGCCCUCGCUGAGCUCUCCAUCCCCACUUGCAUCUGUCUUGCUUUUUAUUAAGCGUUGUUCACGUUUCUCUUGUCUGAUUUGCCUUUAGAGCUUUCUAUUUUGGAAUAAAUGAUGCCUAACUCUC